ACCAUUGUUUCCAGAAAAAUCUCCGCGCAUAAUAUUUCUCUAGAGCAAACGCUCUGUCAUCACACAACACUAGUUCGUCCGCACGACACUCCCGCAGUUCCUCGACAGGGGAGAGGUUUCCAUUCCAGGCGGUUGCGGUUGCGGUUGGCGGCGGAGAUGAGCCGGGGGAGCAAGCUCCGGUGGCUGUGGCGCGCGCCGGCGCGGGCGCUGGGGCGGGCGCGGGACCUGUACGUGCGGGGGCUGACGGGGUGCGCGCGCCACGUCCCCUCCGACGCCGCGUUCGGGUACCCCGUGUUCGUGCCGGCGCCGCUGUCCAGGAGCCACAGCGCCGUCGGCUGGGGCGCCGGGUCGUCCGAGGCCGACGAGGACCUGCGCGAGGUGGUCCGCGCCGCGUCGCAGCGCCGCGUGGAGCAGCGCCGCGCCGAGCUGCAGGCCGUGGCCCGGAGCCAGAGCAUGGCCGCCUCGCUCUCCAUGGCGCGCAUCGACGAGGACGCGCCGUGCGACUUCGGGGCGCCCGGGGCGCUGUGCCCGAGGAGCCAGAGCUGUGUCGGCGACGCCGCGGGGAGGAGGCCCCACCGCCGCGGCCACGGGAAGGUGGCGGCCUUGCUCUGACGGAGUCGGAGCUGCUGUCCGGCCGCCGCCGUCGGUGGCACAGUGUGUGAGAAUAGCGAUCGUGUCACGCCAUGUCUUCUGUUCAAAGUUUGAUCAUGUCAUUACUCGAAAUGAUGGAU